AUGGAGCGAGCACCAUACCGUCUACCAAAGGCUUGUGCACCAGGAUUCUUCGGUGAUUUUUGUGAGGAUCCUUGUCCCCCUGGAACGUUCGGGGAAUAUUGUGGUGGACAAUGUGCUUCUGUGUGCAGCUUUGAAGAAUGUGAUCCCGUGAGAGGCUGUGUCCUCAAAAAGAAAGAUGUUACUGUCACAAACAUUGAAUCACGAGCGACGAUAUUUAAUAUCUCAGUAAAUACCACACAACUUUUUUUCUCUGGUUUUACAAUUGCACUGAAUACAAAUUUUAGCAGCACAACUGCAUCAGCUACUAUGUCUGUCAAACAUGUUCCAAGCGCUUCAAAGGGACAGCUGAAUACGUAUUUACUGAUCUUCAUGGGGAUAGUUAUAGUCUUACUCUUCAUAGUUGUAGUAAUUCAAUUACGUUCAAAAUCUAGACGAGGAAGAAUGUCAAGCCAGAAAUCUACAGGUUAUGGAGAUAUAAAUAAUCACAGAGAUGUCGAAGGUGAUUAUCAGAGUAAUGAACCUGAAUAUCAAGAAAUCGACCAGUACUUGGGAAUACUUAAUGUUUCCGAUGAAAUAAACAAGAAGUCUACAAAUAAGAUAUUGGAACCAUUACCAGAUAUGAAGGAUUGUUACUUAUCCCCAAUUUCAGGAAAGGAAAAGUCAGACACAAAAACGAAAGAUGAAAACCACAAAUUAUUCCCAAAGGCGGAAAACCUAGAAAAAUUAUCUGUAAGAGAGCCUUUAAGCAAACUCAAAGUGGAGGAGAAUGUAACAUUUGAACAAAAACAUUCAUGCACAGAUUUUGAAGAUCAUACUAGUGACGAAUGUUAUGGGGACCCCUGCUCUUCCGUCUCUUCAGAUGAAAACGUCUCACUUAAUAGUGCAAUGAUUAAAAAAGAAGUGGAUGGAGGAAAUAAUGACUCUUAUCUUCACGUGGUGUUUAAAUAAUGAUAAAAAAUAUCAACAAUUAUAAAUAUAAAUUGAUCUUAACAUUUUGUCUGCACUUGUAAUGAUAU